GCUACGAGCACCACGUCCCUCUCUCUCUCUCUCUUUUCUAACAGUCCUAUCACAAAAGGAUUUGCCCUGUCGUAGACGUGACAUUGUGUUGUGUGGUGAAAGGGGAACAAAUAAAGUGUCGACAUUUGAUAAGAAAUAGAAAAAGAAAAAAAAAAUAAAAUAAAUAGAAAAAUCGAUGGCGGGUCGUUAGGACGAGGCCGGAAGCUGCUGCUAAUAUUCAAGUGUGUCGCCAGCGGACGAAAACUCAUCAAGUUGAACACGAAAAAAAAAAAAAAGAAAGACCACACCCACCAACUGGAAAAAAGAAAACGAAAACAAAAUCUGGCUGUAAAGAAUGAAGUCGCCUGUCGUCAUUGUGAUGUGUGUCACUUUGCUCUUCAUCCAACCCAUCACCCUUACUGAAAUGUGCGUGGGAUCUGCACUUGGAAUGGAAUCGGGACGCAUCCCAGACUCGGACAUAAGCGCCUCAUCUUCGUACGCGCGUAGCGUCGGUCCCGAACACGCCAGAGUGCGUGUGGAGAAAGGAGGGGGCGCCUGGUGUCCCCGUCCGGCCAUCCAACACAACGUGCGCGAAUGGCUCGAAGUGGCCCUCCCGCCUAAUCACGGCCCUUACUUAGUCACGGCCAGCGAAACUCAGGGCCGUUUCGGUAACGGGCAAGGACAGGAAUUCGCCGAAGCUUUCAUCAUCGAAUACUGGCGCCACCGUUUGGGUCGCUGGGUGACCUACAAGAACGCCAAUUCCCACCAGAUUUUGCCGGGCAACAGCAACCCGUGGCUGGCCGUCGUCCAGCAACUGGAUCAUCCUUUAGUGGCCGAUCGGCUGCGUUUCCUGCCUUACAGUCACCACCCUCGCACCACGUGCAUGCGAGUCGAGAUCUACGGUUGUCCCUGGACAGGUGGAUUGAUAGGGUACACGACGUGGCCAAAGAGUGGCCAACAUCUGGUCGAUUGGGCCGAGAAUGUGGACGACAUUUCAUACGACGGAGACAACGGAGUGGCCGGACUCGGCCAGCUGGUCGACGGAGUCAUCACCGACAAUCGAACAUCCAUCAACGCAACAUUUUUCGGCUCCAGCUGGGUGGGCUGGAUGAAUAAUGGAUCGUCGGCAGCCAAUGGCAGAGUGCAACUCUUGUUCGAAUUCCACUCGCCGAGAGAAUUCACGAGCGUCACGCUGCAUUUAGCGAGAGAACCGACAGCGACCAACGGCACCGGAUUGACCGCCUGUCUCGUCCACUUCGGCCUGGACAAGGACAACGUGCUGGGCAAACCGAUCCGGCCUUGGCUCGACGCCUCGACGUCAGCCAUUGGCAACGUGACCAUCGACCUGAAGAGGCGCGUCGGCCGCUACGUCCAAUUGCAACUGGACUUCAACAGUCGAUGGCUUUUAAUGAGCGAGGUGACGUUCCAGUCGUCCGACAGCGCAAACAUCAGCGCCGUGCAAGACGUCGACGACGCAAUGCCGCUGGAAAACGACGCCGAUCGAUCGCAGACGGAGCGAGGCGACGUGGUGGAUCCGUCGCUCGAACAAGGGCCCGACAUCGCCAUCGUCGACCAAGACGCCGACGUCGAGCUGGACGACGGUUUCGAGGAGGGCAUUUCGACGGUAGCCGAAGAUCAGAGGACGGCCUAUAUCGGUCUGGUGGGCGGCGUCUUGUCGAUCGUCGUUUUAUUGCUGGGCACCGGCCUUGUCGUUUAUUUGCGACGUCGCAAAAACCGGCACGGCAAACAAGUGGCGGCCAUGCUGCCCGGCGGUAGCGGAGGCGGUGGCUGUGGUGGUGGUGGUGGUGGUACCGCCAAUGGCGACGGAUUGAACAAGUUGUCGUUGACGCCGAGAGGCCUGAACGACACCAAGCAGCGCAUGACGCUCUUGAGUUUGAAACAAUUGAGCCACAAAUCGAAUUUGGCGCCAUCGGCUCGCGACGGAUUUUACGGGCCCGUCAUUUCGAUGGCGGCCGGCGAGUCGGACAGCGACACAUCCUCUUUCUACCACGAGCCCUAUCAACAACAACAACAGCAGACGCAGCAGCCAAUCAGCGUCAAGUACAGCAGCAACAACAACGCCAGUCGAUCGGCCGCAUUCCGGCCUUUAAAUUAUUGCGCAUCGAGCGAUCCAGAGUACGGAUGCCUCAUCCAAAAGGAGCCGCUGCUCCUCACGCCCAAGGGCCUACACUCGAAGGGACUUUACACAAACACCAAGAAUAAAACGACAACAACAACAACAACGACGACGACGACGACGACAAGUGGAACGGCCAGUUACGGGGUGGCUGUGCCGGCCAUGGCGUUACCUCGUCCGCCCUUAUCGGCCGUCAACACGCUUUUAAUGGCCGACCAAUCCAACACGAUGAGCAGCACGACCACGUCGUUUACAGCCGUGCCGUCAGAGAAUUAUUACGCCACCGCCGAUCUCAUCCUCGGCGAUCGCGGGGUGUUGAAGCCGCUUUUCGAAGAGAAUUCCGCACUGAUGUCGAGUAGCGGCCAUUCGUCCGAUGGGUCAGAAGGAGGCAAUGGUGGUCAUUUGGGCGCCGCCAUUUUCACGGCGCCACCUCCGCCGCCGCCGCAGCAGCCGCACCCGGCGCCACCCUUCCCGUCGCGAGUCUCGCCCUACGUCAUUCCGGCCGGCUCGCCAGUCGACGGCGAUCUUUGCCCGCCCGAUCUCGGCCGCCAUCAAAUCGGCUUGUUGGAGAAGUUGGGCGAGAGUUCUUUGGCCGGCGCGUUCGGCCAUCAGCCAGCGACAGGAGCAGGGGCAGUUCACACAGCGUUGCAUUUCGCCGAGUUGAUUGACGCGUCGAGUUUCGCCGGACGCAAGUGCGUCUUCUUGCGGCUGAUCCGUGGCGCCUGCGAAGACGGCGAGCUCAUCAGCAGAGUGAAGAGAUUGGCCGUCCUUCGCGACCCGUCCAUCGCCAAAGUGGUGGCCAUGGCCACUCAUUUAUCAAGCGGCGAUGACGUCACCACCGUCGGUCUCAUGACCGAGUACCUGGAGGGCGGCCCUCUGCCCAUCUACCUGCGCCAGUAUCGUCUGGGAGCCGCCGAUAACUUUGAGCCCGGCGUCAAAACCAUCAGUUUGGGAGGGCUCGUCUACAUGGCCACUCAAAUCGCUUCAGGCAUGAAAUAUUUGGAAUCGCUCGGCUUCGUCCAUCGCGACCUGUCCGCUCGCAAUUGCCUGGUCGGCAAGGGAUUCACCGUGAAAAUCUCGGACGUGGCCGUCUACCGGACGCUCUUCGCCCGAGACUACUACUACAUCGACGGAAGGGGAUCGUUGCCAGUUCGCUGGAUGGCGCCGGAAACUUUACUUUGGGAGGAAUGGAGCAGUCAGAGCGACGUGUGGAGUUUCGGCAUCACUUUGUGGGAACUGACUGGCCUUUGCCAGCAAAGACCUUGGCAAUCGAUGGGCGAGACGUUGCUGCUGGCCAGCGUCAUCCAACGCUAUCAGGCCAAUGUGUCCGCCUCGUCCUCGUCGCCGGAAACGUCGUUGAACUCGUCGACCGCCUCCUCGUCCGUCGACCACUGCCCGUUGCUGCCCUCGUCGGCCACCACGCUGGCCAGACCUGCCCACUGUCCCGUCGAGCUCUACAGACUCAUGGGACAGUGUUGGCAGCAGGAGCCGGCCAGCCGCCCAACGUUCCACGACAUUCACGCCUUCCUCCAGAGGAAUAACAAACACCAACAAUUGUAGAUUCUCAUUUGCCCAUUUGCCCUUUUUCUCGUUUCCGAUUCACAUGCGUUCGGUCGUUCAAGUCACGCUCGUUUGCAAACAAAAUUUUUCAAUUCGAUGACGUUGUUGAGAGCUCAAAAAUUAGCGACUGCCCGUCUCUUUUCAUUUGUGUUGUAUGUACAUAACAAGAAGAAGAAGAAGAAGAAAAAAAAAAAAAAAAAAAGAAGAAGAAGAGCCCACCUACCCCCCUCCCCCUCCAUCGUUUUUUGCAUAUCAUCAGCCAUUUUUGAUUUUUCUGUUGUCAUUUCCCUUUAUUGAAACAUGUCGUUUGUUUGUGCCAAAAAUGAGGUUGAAAACUGGUCUUGUACGUCCUCGAUUUUUCUCGAUUCCAUUACGAUUUAAUUAUUAUAAAUAUCAACACACACACACACACACAAAAAAGAAUACAAUGAUG